AUGUCUAAGGGUGGAAUGUGGGCCAAGUCCAUCGCAGGUGGCAUCCUAUUCUGUAUCGGCGGUCCUGCCCUUGUUCAAUAUAUUCGUCCGACAGACGCAGAGCUCGUCAGUCGAUACAAUCCCGAUCUUCAGAAGCGCAGUGCCGAGCAGGGUGACCGGAAGGCCCAAGAGUUCGAUGAUUACGUAUCAAAGUUGAAGGAAUGGUCAAAGUCGGACAAAUCAAUCUGGUAUGCGGCGCAAGAAGAGCAGGAGCGCGAAAAGGCGCAGCGUGCGGCAGAGCGUGCUCGGCAAAAGGAGGAAUCGAGGAUACAGCGGGAGGAGAUGCGCAAAGAACUGUUGGGCGAUAAAUAG